GUUUGAUCAAAAUUUGAACCUUCAGGUUCAUCUGUCAGGAGACAGGACGCCUGGAGACAGAGUGUGGACGUUCCACAGUCUGACUCCUCUUCGUCUCGAGGAACUGAAGCCGGAGGACUCUGGGUGGAGCUGGUCUCCCCACAGUCGCCCCCUGCAGGAUGGGCGAGUUGGUGACACUCCUCAGAUGGAUCAUCCAGCACCGGAGCUAAGGCAGCAUAAGUCCUCCAGCAGCUCGUGUCCUGAUGGUUGGACUCACUACAGGAGACGCUGUUACAUCAUCAGCUCGUCUGUGGCGACAUGGGCCAGUGCUGAGAGAACCUGCUCACUGCUGUUCAACAGCAGCUUGACCAGCGUGCGCUCCCGGAGAGACAUGACCUGGCUGUGGAAGUUCUCCAGGAAGAAGCCGUUCUGGAUCGGUCUGCCCGCAGGUCCCAGGGGCUGGAUGUGGGCUGAUGGUCGCUCGGGGUCCUUCUCCAGGCCGAGGGGGGCGCCACCGAACCGCAGUGGCGGCUCAGACUGCAUGCUGGUUGAAAACCCCAGAAGCUGGAUUUCCUCGAGCUGCUCGUCAGAAGUUCAACACCCGUUCAUCUGUUCAUCUCCGGCUCACACUCACUGAGACUCUGGGACAUUUACAUCAUCACGACUCGCAGGAACUCGUCAUAUUUAACAUCACGUGAUGAUGCUGCUCUGUACAUUAGUUUUUGUAUUUUUCUCAUAAUAAAGAUUUGG